AUGCAAUCCAUCAGCCGCAUCUCGAGCCUGCUGGAGACUGCGCCCCCAGCGCCCCCCCAGCCCUGCAAAUUUGCGCUGCCGCUGCUUGCGGUGCUGGCGCCGUGCCCGGCCGUCUGUCGCGGCCUUGCUGCCCGCUGCCCGCCACGCCCGCGCCUGGGGUUCACCCUGCCCGCGGCCAUGCACCCGUCGAACUUCGCUCACUGGUCCCUCUCCACAGCCCGCGACCUGACGCUCGAAGCCGCCCGCGACGCCAGCAAUGCCCGCAAGCCGCCCGCGCGCCCGCUGCCCUCGGCCCAGCUCAAGAAGCUGCUCGACAGCCGCGCCGAGCGCGAUGUGCUCGAGGGCCUCCGCCGCGUCGUCACCAUGUCCUACCGCCAGCCGCCGUCGCAGACCCUGCCCUUCUUCUCGCACGUCAUCAAGAACGUUGCGUCGCCGUCGCUGCCCGUCAAGAAGCUCGUGUACAUCUACCUGCUGCAGCACGCCGAGCACGAGCCCGACACGGCCCUGCUGUCCAUCAACACCAUCCAGAAGUCGCUCACCGACCAGAACCCGCAGCUGCGCGCCCUCGCCCUGCGCGUCAUGUCCGGCAUCCGCGUGCCCGUCAUCAGCCAGAUCGUGAGCCUGGCCAUCAAGCGCGGCGCCGCCGACAUGUCGCCCCACGUGCGCCGCGCCGCCGCCCUGGCCAUCCCCAAGUGCUACCGCCUGGACCCCGCCACCGAGCCGCAGCUGCUCGAGUACCUCUCGACCCUGCUCGCCGACAAGCAGUACCUGGUCACCGGCGCCGCCGUCGCCGCCUUCCUCGACAUCUGCCCCGCCCGCCUGGACCUGAUCCACCCGCACUACCGCGCCCUCGUGCGCAAGCUGCCGGACAUGGACGAGUGGGCCCAGCUGGCCACCCUGCAGCUCAUGAUGGUCUACUCGCGCAAGUGCUUCCCGAGGCGGACGAGGAAGGUCAAGAGAGCCGUGCCCGCCGUGACCACGACGUCGAAACCUGCAAAGUCCACAAAGGGCUUCUACGAAAGCGAAAGCGACGACGAGACAGAAGAGGACGACGACCAGGACUUUGAACACGUCGUCGUCCUUGACCCGGACCUCGAGCUUCUGCUGAAGAGCUGUCUUUCUCUCCUCCAGUCGCGCAAUGCUGCAGUCGUCAUUGCCGUGGCCCGCACGUACCUAUACUUGGGCACUCCCGACUACGUCGUCUUGGCUGUCGGACCCUUGGUUUCGCUUCUGCGGUCGGCUGGAGACAUCCAGCAUGUUGCUCUCUACAACAUUGUCCAAGUCUGUUUAACACACCCGGAGCCAUUCGUCAGGUACUACACACAUUUUCUGGUCCGCUCGACCGACGCUCCGCAUGUCUGGCGGCUCAAAUUGGAGCUGCUAACACUGAUCUUUCCCCACGCCCAGCCCAGGCUACAGAGCUUGAUUCUGGCGGAGCUCAGUCAUUUCUCACACUCUGGCAGUCUGGACCCGGCCCUCGUCAAGGAAUCCGUUCGUGCGAUAGGUAGAUGCUCGCAAAGCCCCGCUACAAGCCCGCAAACGUCAGCGCGAUGCUUGAGACUGCUUCUGAAGCAUAUUGGCUCCGCAGACGUCCAUCUCGUUGCCGAGUCGCUUGAAGUCAUCCGCCACCUCAUCCAGCGCAACCCAGAUGCUCACCGUACAACCGUGGUCCGACUGGCAAAACAUCUCGACGCCGCAACAAGUCCACAAGCACGUGCGAGUAUAAUAUGGCUUGUUGGCGAGUUCGCCGGUCUUGACCCAGACAACAACAUUGCAGCAGACGUGUUACGCAUUUUAGCAAAGGGCUUUGCUGAGGAAGCAGAGCCCGCAAAGCUGCAGAUUAUGCUUCUAGCGGCCAAGGUCUACAUUCACCAUCUACACGCCAACCCCCCACCCUCCCCUGUGAAACAAGAAGAGACUCUAGAAUCAACCACUACCCUGCUAGACAUGCCCGAAGAAGAGGGUGGUUUCCGCGACGAACAUCUCGAAAACCCUACGCCUAUCGAGCCCCAACACAAAGAGUCACCACAUCAAAUCGAAGCAUUGUAUAACUACAUCCUCGCAUUGACACGAUACGACACUUCUUACGACCUCCGCGACCGCGCCCGUGUGUACAGAUCUCUCUUGUCGUUACCGUCUUCAACUCAAUUAGCCUCGCUCCUCUUGCUCGCGCCGAAGCCGGUUCCACACAUCCCCUCGCCAUCCGAGACACGCAAGAACUAUGUCCUGGGCUCCGCAUCACUAGUCAUUGGUGAUGAAGGCGGUGUCGGCGGUCUGCGCGGGUAUGAAGAUUUACCGCCGUGGGUGAGAGAGGGCAAAGAACCUGAUCCGUCGUUGCGUGACGAGACGUCUUCGUCAAAUUACGUUUCUGCGUAUGAGGUUGCCAAGAACAUGAGUGCGAGUGAGAGGCUGGAUGCUGCAGCGCAGGUUGAUAACGAGAGGCAGAGGAUGCCUGAGACUAUUGCUUCUUACCGGUCGAAUGGAGUCGGGGCCGCAGAGAAGCCGGCACAGAAGGAGAAAACGCUUGAUGAUUGGCUGGCAGAGAGCAGUGGGAGUGAAGAGACUGAUGAUGACGAUGAAGAAGACGACGAUGAGGGGGAGAGCGAAGAAGAGAGCGAAUAUGAGACAGAGAGUGAAAGUGGCGACGAGAACGACAGGCUUGUCAAGUAA